UGUUUGCUUCAUCCAAUUCACCAAAAACCAAUGAUUUAUUUAUAAUCUCCUUUCCAUCAACCUAAAACGUCUUCCCUUUUUCUUGCUUGUUCAGCUUCUUCUGGGUCCAAUUACUUUACAGCUCUGAGCCUCCGGAGGCUCAGAAGAUUGCUGGGAAAUUUGAGAAAUGGGGUUGUUGGGAAGCUUCAUAAGGUUCCUCUUUGGCCAAUGCUGCAAACCCACCACCACCGGCGGGGACUACUCUGAUCCACUUGGCCAUCACGGCGUCUCCGCCACCACUGUCGGCGUUUCGGCUCUUGCCCAAGACCUCUACAACUUCGAGAUCACCUCUCAGGUCCCAGAAGGGCUCGGUCAGCAUGUUGUCUCGUCCAGGAAAGCUCAAGCUAACUGGUAUAGAAAACUAGUUGUGACAUGGAGGGAAGCAAAACCGCUACCAAGAACACCCGAAGAAGCGGCUAGUCUUGUCAUACAAACCCUGAAAGGACAUCGAAAGGCGGAUGUUGAGGGUGUGUUGGCUUUCUAUGGCCUCAAUAUUUCCGCUGAGGAUCCAACAUCAUUGCCUGAAGGAGUAAAGUUUGAGUUCCAGACGCUACCGGUUGAUGUAAAAGCGAUUGCAGAUGGCGAUACAGUGACGGUCUAUGUCAGCACAGAGGAUCCCAGGGAGUCAUCCUGUGUUCCGAGCAAUGUGCAAACAGCUGCCAUUGAAAGAUCAGAAGCACGCGCCGUGAGGAACUAUACAAGGGCAGAUGCACUUCACCAGAAGAUCAUUGAUGCUGGAUACCGGGUACUGAACAUUGAAAACGAGGAGGUCCUUGCCCGAAAGUAUAGGAUCCGACUGAGGGGUAUAGAUGCGCCGGAGAGUUCAAUGCCCUACGGAAAAGAAGCCAAACAGGAGCUGGUUAAGCUUAUUCAGGGCAAGUGCUUGAGGGUUCUUAUCUACGGGGAAGAUCGUUAUGGACGCUGUGUAGGCGACGUAUACAGCAACGGCACAUUUGUACAGGAAGUAAUGCUCAAGAACGGGUGUGCAUGGCAUUACGCAGCCUACGACAAACGCCCAGAAUUCGCAAGGUGGGAAGAACAGGCUCGGACGGAGCGAGUUGGGUUGUGGGCUUCAUCAAACCCUGAGAAGCCAUGGGAUUGGAGAAAGGAUAAGCGUCAAGGCAAAUGAGGAGCUAUUGUAAGGAAAUUAUUCAGAACAUAAGAUUAUGUCUGUAACAGCAAGAAAGUAGGUUUAUAUAGGGCGAAAAAGAGGUGUCUCUGUCUCCGGACGGUACAAACAUACACAUCAUUUGAUUUUUACAAUAAGAUUACGCAUAUACUCA